AUGGCAUCAUCCGAUCUUCCGCCCAUCAUGUUAGACCACCUUUACUCCAUGGAUGACAAUAUCAAAGUAGGAGGGCCGCUCUUGUUGCUUGAAGAUGCCCGUGAGAAUCCCAUUGUUGGUGAUGAGCCAUCGCCAGAAACUUCUCCUACAGUUGAACCUGCCUCCAUAUCCAGGUGCUGCAUCGAGAAAGCGAAGAUGCUUUGUCAUGUGGUCCGAAGGUGGUGCGCUGCUACCCAUACCUUUGUGUGCUCAUGGGGAGAAUUCACGCCUACCCUUGAAGACGUGGCGAAUAUCUCUCGUCUUCUAAUUUUCGACGACCGGAGUCCUUUCGACAUUGCCCUCACCCCGGAAGAGAUAGACAAGCUUGCAAUUUUGCGAAGAGGCGCUCCUACUUCUCCCAGCACCUCCCUUCAGUUCAGUAACUGGAUACAGUAUUUCGGUGAUGUAAACAGACAAGGACCUUGCCGGUCGGCUGCAUUCAUAGCUCUGUGGCUUGGGCGGUUCGUACUUUGUGAUUUUUCACAGGAUUGCUUGCACGAGCGUGUAUUCCCCUUGGCUUUGGCUAUAGCUCGAGGUGAUACCAUCCCCCUAGCCCCCAUGUUCUUGGGGCAUCUAUACCGGCUACUUAAUCAGACUCAGCUUUUGCAGAAGAGUGCAUCCGGAACUAUGGGCGUGGAGACCCUCUUGAACUCUGGUUUCCUGCAAGUAUUUUUGUGGGAGCGUUUUAGAGGAUUGGAGGUACACUCACUCCCUCACUCGCAUGCUAUGAAGAUGGCCGAUUGGGGCAGGGGUUCUUAUAUGCCGGAAAGUCUUCCUUUAGUCUGCAGGUGGUUUAAGCGGAUGCAGAGGAAAGGCCAGGACUUUUUGAAGUUUUUGGACAACGUUGAGAACUUUGUCUUUCGCCUUUACGGGACCUCGGCAGAGACCUUCACCUUCGUGCCCUUUUAUGCUGAUGUCAAUGACACUGUUGAGGAUUUUCGACUCUCUCUGGAGCAAAACAUAAUCAAAUGGACGAAUUUUGGAGUAAUUCCAGUUGGAGGACUGUGCUAUGCUGGAAUAGUGACGUUUUGGGCUUUUAUUGCGUUUUUGGAGCCCAAGAUGACCUCGGAUGGGUUCGUGGCCUUCUGGAGAAGUACUAAAAAUCCUAUCAAGGUUCCAGCAGCCACUUCGCAAAGCAACCAGUUUAAAAAGUAUGCCAUGCUGAACGUUGCUCCUAUCCCGCUGCCUACUCUUGGAGACAGUCGCUCGGAGAUUUCUAUAUCUUAUUCACCUCAUUGGGUUAGGCGGCAGUUUGGGCUUGAUCAAGGAGUUCCCAGUAGUCAUAACCAUGCUGACCCCUUCGUACUACAUAGAGUCUUCUGGAGCAACAACCCUAUACCAAACUGUUGUAGGCCCCUUGUUCUAGCUAGUAAGAGGAGGAUUGGUGGCUUCUCCCGAGGUUACCAAGCUUACUGGAACCGCUGCCUUGCCUCCUUUCGUGAAUUCCAAUUUUUUCCUGGAGAUAGAUUGCCUCCUACAACAGCUCGUCUUGCAGGCUUGGUGUUGGAAGAGAAGGCCAUCCCUUUAUUUCCAAGAGCGGUGACAUCGUUGGAGAAUUUCCGAAGACAAAGCCAAAGCCGGGAGUACGGAGUCCUUGUGGUUCCGAAAAAAGUACACCACCGUGUCGGGUAA